AUGGAUCUGUACUCGUUCCCUACGCUGCCACCCAAAUGGGACGCCAUUGGCCGCUUCUAUAUUGCCUUUGGCGCGACAUGGACGUUUCUCGUCCUCUGCGGCAUGGGUUUUCUCGUGGCGAACCGGCGGAUGCCCAUCCUUAGAGUCCGCGGAAUUGGACUGUCACUCACUUCCAUUGCUUUCCUUCACUGCUACUGGAUUCUCGCCCAGGUCGUCUACCCCAUCGGCCAGUCGGUCCCCGUUAUUCUGGCCUACGACAUUCAGUAUUUCUUCAUGGGCAUUUGGUUUCCGCUCGGCAUUGCCCUUUUCCACGCCUCCAACACCCGCUUUCUGUACGUGGCCGAGAUGCAGAAGCAAUUCACUCUUUCACACUACCGGAAACGUUACACGGGCUGCAACGGCGCCUCGACAUCCUGGCUCUGCCGCCUGAGGAAUAUGCAGUAUACCACCAGGAUAUUGAUAUACAUUGGAUUCGGCAUGAUCUUUCAGGUCCUGUUGACUGUCGGCAUGUGGUUUGCUUGCAAGAAAUAUCACCCAACCUAUGGCAUUCCCGGCACGGAGCUCAAGGGCGCCACCAUCCCGGAGCAGCUUGUCGACCUGGGCCGCGGCUGGGAAUGGUGGCCAUCAGUCAUGUGGCAGGUGAUCUGGACAUGGAUGGUCGCCCCCUACCUCAUCUGGAAAGCCUGGGGAAUUCGUGAUACUCUGGGCUGGAGGACGCAGACUAUUGCAUGCUGCCUAUCAAAUCUCCACGCGACGCCUCUAUUUUUAGCCUCAUCUUACGCCCCUGCAUUCGCCAAGGUCAAUAUGUACUUUGCGCCCAGUGAAUGGAUUCAUCUUUCCAUCAUGUUCUUUGAGAUCUUUACCGUCUUUGUCCCUUGCUACAUUGUCGUCCGCCAAAAGAUUCAGAGCAGGAGAGCCGCCGACGCCAACACCAGGUGGGAGAACUCGUCUCAAAUGACACAGUCGACGCUGGUGGGCUCGGUGGUGGAUCCCAACGAGUGGAAGAGCAUGUCGCAGCUGGAAAAGGGCGAGUCGCACCUCACUUCGACAACAAUCAACAACCGGGACAGCAGCGGCAGCGAUUGCCUGCUCACCAUGCAGGCUCUCGACCGUGUGCUGGUCGACAAUCCGGUUGCUCUUCAGGAGUUUUCGGCUCUCCGCGACUUUUCGGGUGAAAACAUUGCCUUCUUGACCAGACUUGCACGCUGGAAGGCUUCGUGGACCCAGCUCCAUGCGGCCGCCUGCACCGAAGAUGAACUCCGCGAGGCUUUCACCCAUGCCCUGGCCAUUUACACGGAUCUCAUUAGCCCGCGCGAUGCCGAGUUCCCCGUUAAUCUGUCAUCACAAGAGCUGCGGGAUCUCGAGGCCGUCUUUGAGGGUCCGGCCCGCAUCAUCUGUGGCGAGGCCCGGGUCAACACGGCAUUGCCAUUCGAGAGUGCAAGGACUGGCCCCCCUUCGUCGCCAAUGGACCGCGCCGUCAGCCGGGACAGCAAGGACACGUCGUCUGGUUCGUCCAACAACGAUGCACGCAUCGACUUUGGCGAAAUGGUCGACCGGGUACGGUACAUGGGCGAGAUCUCCGACGGCUUCACCCCGCGCGUCUUUGACGUGGCUGAGCGCAAUGUCAAGUACCUGGUGCUGACCAACACGUGGCCCAAGUUUGUCCACGAGACACAGCGACGGGAGUCGUUUGAGAGUGAGCGCUCUGCUGCCACUGAUGUCUCGGAGACGUCGCUAGUCGCCCGAGUCGCCGACAAGGUGCGGUCUUUCCUGUAA